AUGAACUCCCAGUUCAGAAUCAUCGAGCACACUAUUCCUUGCUCUUCCAUUCGUGAAUACCACCACGCAGCCAAGACAGACAAACCAUUGCAAUUAGCAAUCAAGCAAUACACCCCACUCAACAACACCAGUCCCAGUCAGGAUGGCAUAUCGAUCAUAGCAGGACAUGCGAAUGGUAUUCCCAGGGAGUGUUAUGAGCCUCUUUGGGAUGAGAUGAUGAUAAGCUUCGAGGGGAAAAUCAAGGCUAUCUGGUUCGCGGACUGCUCCAACCAAGGCGCCAGUGGAGUGUUGAACGAAGAUAACCUUGGCGACGAUCGUGAGACACACCUCCAUAUGCACUACUCGCUCAAUGAUGGAAAAGGAUUUGCGGAUCAUGGUCACUAUAGCGAACUGUGUUCAUCUGUCAAUAAUGCAUCCUCGGCUCUCUACCCACUCAACGCCCCAAGAAGACCCCUCCUACCGGAUGCCGUGACUUUGACCACUACCAAAGCGCAGGAGGCCUGGAAAUACUUGCGCCUCAAUGCAACACCCCAGAAAGACGGUGAUAACAAGAGUGGUUUUCUUACAAGGACAGAGCGUUUUCUAGGCCCGGACCUAGCCAUCUCAGCCAAGGAAGGCGACAAUAACAACCGGAGUUAUGUGACAGUAUGCCCGUGGUCAUGUAUUGCCUUUGAGCUUCUUCCAUACGUCCGGCCACCAGUCUUCCUCAUCUUCGGAGAGAAAAGUCAUAUCAACACCCCCGCGCGGAGGCAGGACAAGCUGGAUCGAGUUGGGACAGGGCUUGGCGGAGGCGGGCAAGUUCGAGCUGAAGUCUUGUUUGGAACCUCCCACAUGGCACCGCUGGAGAAGAUGCACGAUACAGCUUGUCUGAUGUCUGGCUGGUUAGACUCUCAGUUGAAGGCAUAG